AUGCUGACCGCUGCGAGCAGAAGCACUAUGCUAGGCGUGUUUUCGCGUCCUAUGCUUCUUAGGUCUGUACGUGCGCCCAUGGUGCGGCGCAUGUACUCGGAUAAGGCUGCCGAAGACCAAAAGCAAGAAGCUGCGAGUGAGGCGUCGGCGCCUGAGAGCGCCGAGGCCGAGGACCCUGUGGCGAAGCAGCUGCAAGAAAAGGAUGCGCGCAUCAAGGAUCUGACGGAUGACUUGCUGUACUGCAAGGCUGAGCUGCAGAACGUCCAGCGCCGCACGGCGGAGGAGAAGAAGACGAUGGGUGAUCACGCGAUCUCGCGUCUUGCCAAGGACCUGACAGAGUCGGUCGAUGUACUGGACCUGGCCCUGCGGUCCGUGCCCGAGCCACUGCGCACGACGAAGAGCGAGGAUAAUGAGGCUUCGCGUGCGCUCGUAGAGCUCUAUGAUGGUGUGAGUCUGACACGGAAGAGUAUACUGGACAUGCUUCGCACACAUGGCAUCGAAGCGUUUGACCCCCUGGGUGAGAAGUUUGACCCCCUGCUACAUGAGGCGCUGUACCAAGCGCCUGUGCCAGGAAAGGAGCCUGGAUCCGUGCUGGACUGUAGCAAGAUUGGCUAUAUGAUUAAGGGACGUCUCUUGCGCGCAGCGCAAGUGGGCGUGGUGCAGGACACGGCCUAA